UGUGCACACCUAUAAAUGCUUCCUGGUUGGCGCCGUGGUGUGGACGCUGUCACACCAUGUGAGGUGUGGAGAAGGUUUGCAUGCAGCAGUCCUGAGCAUCCUGCAGCCAUGAGUUUAGACAAGCCGUACAUCGGCUGUAAAAUAGGGUUAAUCUCAAGAGCCCAGAAUCGUUAUGAGGGGAUUCUGUACACUAUCGAUAAAGUCAACUCCACAGUGGUGCUGGCUAAAGUCAAGUGCUUGGGAACGGAGGGACGACUCACUGACCGACCAACGCCGCCCAAAGAUGAUGUUUACGAGUACAUCACUUUUCGGGGAAGCGAUAUUAAGGACAUUUCGCUGUGUGAACUUCCAAGAUCCCAUCACGGCCUGCCUGCAGACCCUGCGAUAAUACAGUCAUCUGGUGCAGGCUCUUCAGGCAUCUGCUCAGCUCUUGGACCAUUUAGCCCCAUGAGGAUGCCCGCCUACAACCAGCUCGCUGCCGGCUCUCUGCUUAAUCAACAGUAUGCUGCAGCUCUUGGCCUCGGGCCUGUGAUUCCUGGCUUACAUAUCAGAAGGGGCCCCAUGGUGGAAAAGUCUGUUCAAACCCUCCAUGUAGACAGAUACAGGCAGAGGGGAGGCUUGUCUGCAUCCCAGGAGCAGGAGCAGGGGUGGGACAGGAGGUGGCCCCAAAGGACCAGAGGAGAGGGUUCCAAAACCUCACGGGUGUCUGGAGCCCCUUCAAAGGUCAGCCAAGCUGUGCCCAGACCUCAACAGGACGCUCGGCUACAGAAUGAUGAAAACAGGCCACCAUCCCGAAGAAGACAAGGAGCUCGGAGGCGCAGGAACUCCAGUCGCGGGCAGUUGAUGGCGGCGAGUAUUCCAUCUCCCACUCUGAAGUUUGACACAGACUUUGAUUUUGAUUCCUCAAAUGCAAAGUUUAUUAAGGAGCUGGAGGGGCAGGCAAGGACGAAUGUGAAAGAUGGACGUCAUGUGGUAGAGAAGGAAAAGGAGGAAUUGCUCUCAGCAGCAGAGGAUGAUCAUUUUGGACCAAAAUGCUACUAUGACAAAGCAAAGUCCUUCUUUGACAACAUCUCAUCUGAUAAUAUGUUCAGACUAACGUGGGCAGAGGAGCGGAAGCGCAAUCUGGAGACGUUCGGGGUCCCUGGAUGGUUCCUGAGGGGCCGUGGCUUCAGAGGUGGAUACACUGGACCAAGAGGACGGGGCACUGCUCCACCUCCUUACAGAAGCAGGAUGGGACCGAUGUAAAGGUCAGCGUUUGAUACCAGGCCACUAAAGCAAAAUCCUCCCAUCAGCCUCCUGUGAAUAUUUAUCUGUGUAUAACUACUGGGGCUGCUGCCACGUACCGGUCUUUGUCAUGAGAAGCUCUGUUAACACUGUAUGAAAACUUAUGCUUUGUUUUUCCACCUUAGUCAGUUAUCCUCAAUUCGUAUUAAGCAUUUAUAUUCAUCUGUCUCCAGUUUGAAUAUGGAUGCAUUGCACAUUAAAUUUGCCUGAAUAUAUUUACUUUUUUUAAUUAUUAAAUGAAAGUGAAUAUUGAAUUUAUUUUUUUCUACUUAAGAUAUGUCACUUCUAAAUUUGUUUAUUUUCAAAAAGCAGGGUAUUGCAUCUUGAAUAGUCGUCACUUUAAUUAUAUUUGAUUAAAGAAUGUUGUGAAUAUUAACAUAAAAUGAACUGAUAUUAAAACACUGCUUUAUUCUGUCGUAUUGAAUCAACAAGUGAGAAUAAUGUCAAUAAAGGAGAAAUGCUGAGCCGCUUGUCUCAUG